UCAUUGCGACCUAUCAUCGCCAUUUGUGGCACGACGGGAGUGGGCAAGUCGAAGCUUGCGGUGGAACUCGCCUUGGCACUGUCCCAAAGGUCCGACAAUGCGAGACAUAAAUAUCGCGGUGCAAGAAUCAUCAAUGCAGAUGCAAUGCAGGUGUACUCUGGCAUGGACAUCAUCACGAACAAGAUCACCAUGGAGGAGAUGCGAGGUGUCGAUCAUCUUCUAAUGAGCUUCAAACGACCAGGAGAACAGUAUAUCAUUACGGAGUGGGUGAAGGAUGCAACACGCAUUAUAGAUGAGACCCAUCGAAUGGGACAAGUACCGAUAGUAGUCGGCGGAACGUCCUAUUGGAUUCAGCACCUACUCUUUCCAAAUCGUCUAGUAUCCCUGGACAGUACUUCCCCUGAGUCUGCAGACGGUUCUUCUCUCUCGGAAGGCCUUGCGAAGUCUUUGUCUUCGCUUCCCCCAGAACUUUUCAAUCUGUUCCAUGCUCUUCCCACCCAGUCCCCCUCGGCGGCGGAUCAACCUGAGCUCGCUUCAGCGAUGCAUCAGCUGUUAUCAUUGCUUGAUCCACAAAUCGCGCAGCGAUUGCACUGGAGAGAUACGAGGAAGACCUUGCGUCAGCUGACCAUCGUAAAGGAGGCCGGCCGGCUUUCGAGUGAAAUACUGGCAGAGCAGUCGCAAGCCGCUCCCAGCGCGAGAUAUCGCACACUGCUGUUCUGGUUAUAUGCGAAGCCUGACAUCCUGAAGCCUCGUCUCGAUUCACGGAUUGAUCAGAUGGUGGAGCAAGGUCUCCUCGAUGAGAUUAGAACUCUCGGGACGCAAUUAUCGGCCGACACAGUUCAUCCCGAUGCCAAGGAAGAGUCGAAUGAGGAGAUUGAGCCGGAGAGGUACACGAUCGAAACAGAUUAUACCUUGGGAAUCUAUCAGUCAAUCGGCUUCAAAGAGUUCCACGACUACCUCAGCGCUCCAGCGCACAACGACGCUACCUUUCAAGAGGCCUUACAAAACAUGAAAACGGCCACUCGCAGAUACGCGAUGCGCCAAAUCAUGUGGAUUCGCAACAAACUAUUGCCUGCAGCGCGAACAGCAAAUGCCUUAAGUAGAGCCGAGGAAGACUAUGAUGUGGUCCCGACCUACGUGCUGGACGCAACGGAGCUUGGAACAUAUUGGGACGCUAACAUUCUCAAACCCGCACAGGACAUUACUGACGCGUUCCUAAACUCUGAAGAGCUCCGAGAUCCGAUGCUGUUGUCUAACACAGCUCGUGAUCUCCUAACAGAGAAAAAACCCAAGGAUAUUGUGCCGCGACGAAAAGUAAUGUGCCCAGUCUGUACGCGCGACGAGGAGCGUCCGGUGAUGAUUGAGGAGGGAGCGCAGUGGAAGGGGCAUGUUCGGACACGGCCUCAUCGCAAGCGCGCAGUUAAGUUGCAUAUGCAGCAGCUCAAAGACAGCCAAGGGAACGACGACCAGCCAAACGACGAAGAGACUAGUGAGUCAGAAGAUGGAUUAUACGAGACCAGUACGCUAUAUACGUAGCCUCCUGAUCACCCAUGAUGUACGCGACCUCUGAGACGUGAAAGCCUCAUGACUUCCGGCCCUCAUUAAUCAUUCCUGGCUUGCCCAUGCAGGUAGCCAGUGCGGCCAAUUCUCCCAUCUCUGUCCAUGACGAUCCACGGCAUUUUUGCUCUUCGUGCCCAAAGUCCUAGUGUGAACAGGAAUCAACAGCUCGUCGAUGACGUGAAUGGCGCCAUUUCGAGCCACGACGUCGGCGAUUCUCACACGGAGUCCGUUGAUGUAAACCACUGUAUGGUAUGAGAAGGCCGCAGAGUGUCUGCGCAGCCCGUGUGCAUGGCCUCUCCAGCGUUCCAUACGCAAAUCAGCAGACUGCUUGCUCAGAAGUGUCGAUACCAAGAUGUUCUUCGAGUCGAGCAGAACGGGACGCUCUGCGUGCUCCGGGGGACCGCGAUCUAGAUGCGG